AUGGGCAACUCAUCGGAAUACAGUAACAAUGGUCAAACCAACCAUCCACGCUUCCUCCCCAAGCGCAUAAUUCUACUCCGUCACGGCGAGAGUGAGGGCAACAUCGACGGCACCGCCUACACCACCACCCCGGACAACAAAAUCCCCUUAACAUCCCAAGGCAUUGACCAGGCCAAGAAGGCUGGGUGUCAGAUCAGGCAAGUUAUAUCCGAUUCCGGCGAGUGUUCCAACUGGAAAGUGUACUUUUAUGUGUCCCCAUACGAGAGGACCCGCUCCACACUCCGCGAAAUCGGCCGGUCCUUCCCUAAGAAGAGAGUGAUUGGAGUGAGGGAAGAAUGUCGGGUUAGAGAACAGGAUUUUGGGAAUUUUCAGGUGGCUGAACGGAUGAAGGCUAUUAAGGAGACUAGAGAAAGGUUUGGAAGAUUCUUUUAUCGAUUCCCCGAAGGAGAGUCCGCCGCCGAUGUGUACGAUCGCGUUUCAAGUUUCCUUGAAUCAUUGUGGAGGGACAUAGACAUGAAGAGGCUCCAACAUGACAAAUCCGAUGAACUUAAUCUGGUCAUCGUAUCCCAUGGACUUGCUAUUCGUGUCUUUCUCAUGAAGUGGUUUAAAUGGACUGUCGAGCAAUUUGAGUACCUGAAUAACCUGGGAAACUGUGAGUUCCGAGUGAUGCAGCAAGGCUUCAGUGGAGAAUACAGCCUAGCAGUCCAUCAUACUGAUAGAGAAAUGCUAGAAUGGGGCCUUUCCCCUGAGAUGAUAGCUGAUCAAAAUGGGCGAGCACAUGCUAGUCGAGGUGAUUGGAUUGAGAAAUGUUCGUGGUACCUGGACACAUUCUUCGAUCAGUACGCAGACUCAGAUGCUGAAGAAGACUGA